CGCUCCUCCGCCGCUCGGUUUGUGUUCCGGGUGAUGCUGCUCUUCUCUUCAAAGCAAAGGAAAGUCAGGGGCUCAUGUGUCAACAUCCAGGGUUUCCCCGGGGAGGUAUAACGUUAACGUUAUUCCGAAAAAAAAAAAAAGAGACCUGAUGUUCCUUUUGAAGAUCGUUUUAUUUGUUUGAGCCCGUUCAUCCUCGGUGGCAGCAGUUUUCCUGACCGCGGAGACCAGAACGCGAUCUUCGGCUCGAGCUGCUUUGACGUUAGCUAACGUUAUUCUAAACGAUGACCGAGUACAAAGUGCGAAUAGCGUCUCCUAUCAUUUAAUAAUAUCUGGGGACCUGUUAGCUUAGCCGGCUGGCCGUGUAAUUCGAGUAGACCAAGGAAACAAGGCGAAACACACUGCUGACAUGAUGUUUCCUCAAUCAAGGCACUCGGGGUCCUCUCAGUCUAGUCAACCUCUCAAGUUCACCACUUCUGACUCCUGUGACCGCAUCAAGGAUGAGUUCCAAUUCCUCCAAGCACAAUACCACAGUCUGAAGUUGGAGUGUGACAAACUGGCUUCUGAAAAGUCAGAGAUGCAGCGUCACUAUAUCAUGUACUAUGAAAUGUCCUACGGGUUGAACAUCGAAAUGCACAAACAGGCUGAAAUAGUGAAGAGACUGAACGGGAUCUGUGCUCAGGUGCUGCCUUACCUGUCACAAGAGCAUCAACAACAAGUCAUGGGCGCCAUAGAGAGAGCCAAGCAAGUCACGCCCCCUGAGAUGAACUCCAUCAUACGGCAACAGCUCCAGGUGCAACACCUGUCCCAGCUGCAGGGGCUGGCCCUGCCUGUGACCCCGCUGCCCCUGGGCCUCACCCCUCCCUCCCUGCCCGCCGUCUCCUCCAGCUCCGGCCUGCUCUCCCUCUCCUCCAUCCUGGCCAACUACUCACACAGCCAGGCCCAGGUGGCGAAGGAGGACAAGGCCCGGGAAGCUGCGGAGAGAGCACCACGAGGAGAGGACGGGGACAAGUCAGACUAGAGUCAACACGAGAUGAAGGUUUGAGAGGGGGAGCGUGGAAAGUGUCAGGAAAAGAAAGGUUAAACUUUAACUAUAAAUGGAGAUUGAUGUAAGACUGGCUGCCUGUCUGUUGAUGAUGAAGAAGAGUAACUGCAGGGAUGAUGACAAGCAGAGUUCAAACUUUUUGGAUGAACAGACAAAGAAAACUGCUGAAUGGAGAGUGAGAGUUAAAUGUUCUUAUUUUUAGUGGUAAUAGACUCAAUUCAGGCUUCUAGACUUAAAAUAGAUGCUUUUUUUUUUUUUUAGUGUAAGCCACUGUUGGUAGGCUUAACUACGAUAAUGUUUCCCCAUUCAGAGUGAGAGCUGAAGAUGACAGUAAACAGCAGUGCCCCUUACAUGCAUCUGCCUCACACAGGUUUCUUAUUCUUUUUUUUCUUAUCAGAUUUUUUUUUUUAAUGUCCUUAUUUAGUCAAUCUGGUUGUUUUGUGUCUGCCACUGUAAGCAGCUCCCUCUGACUCCUUCCUCUCCUCUGAUUACCUUCAAAAAGCUCCCAUCACCUUUUCUCCAAAAUGAAAAAUGUUGACUGGUUGUCUGAAUUAUUUCUGGUUGUUUUUAAAGGGACAUUUUACAUGUCAGGUUCAUUCGAAUGCUUCAAACAUAACCCACCUGAGGUUUCACUCUUUGUCUCUUAAGGCCAACUACUGGAUGCGCUACCUUUUUAGCUGUGUACCUCAGUCCCCCAAAAAAUGGGAUUAGAUUAUAUUAAAAACUUACAAUUAUCAACGGUAGUACACUCGUCUUUAAGAGUUUUUUUGUGUGUCAAAGGCCGAGCUGCUGCUGCUGCUACUAGGGGCGCUACGUGGCAUGGACCAUGACUCGCCUUAAAUGACGAGAAUUUAAGCUCUAAGGAAAUUUGGCUUCAUUUGAACAUGUUGUUUUCACAAAGUUAGAGGCUAAUUAGACAUCCAAAAUGUGUGUGUGUGUGUGCUGAAUGUGAUCAGAGAGAAGGAAACACUUGUGUAAUUAGACUUUUGUUUUUUUUAUAAGGCACCUUUUAUAUUUUCACCCCACCACCUGCUCACGCCCCUCCCUCACCCUUUCUUAAAAUUGACAUUUUCAAACUAGAACAGGGUCCAAAUUCAGAACCAGACGAUCUAAACUUGUAGGAGUACCGUAUCUCUGCACGUUAGCACGCUUCAGCUCAUGCACCGUUUUAUUUUUAUUUUUCCUGUCUUUGUGUGGGAUUGAAAUCCUCUCUUUAUUCCUCUCCACGUUGUUUUAAUGAAGAGUGUGUCAGUGGGGAGUUGCUAAAGCUCUUUAAGCAAUCCAAGAUUAAUCCAAAGACAACUGGACUUGUUUUCUCUGCUGGACCGUUUUCAAGACCUUAAAAUUCAAGAUCUUCCAACACGUCUAGUUCCUUUGGAUUAAGCUUUGAUUGACCCUGACCUGGAUGACUGAGAAGCUACACAGACCUCUUUCAGCAACGUCAAAAAUGUUCCCUCUGGAAAAAGACAUCAGACAUGAUCCUUACACUCACAAUUUUUUGCCAAUGAUCACAUAAUCAUCUCCUGUUGCACAACAAUUCUCCUGGUUUCACAUUUAGAGAUGAUCAAAUCAAAGCUGUGCUCCGAUUCCACACUACAGUACAAACAUCUAAAAGGCUCUAGCAGCUGUUACAAGGAAACAUUAGAACACACCUAUAGUAGCCCUUAUCACAUUCUAUGAUAAAAAAUAUAAUAAUCAGUCUUAUUUGAAUAUUCUACAUGUCGGUCCUCUCAGUUGAAGUAAAGCCUUAAAAAGAUUAACACGCAGUUCCAUGUUUAGUCAGUAGGAGGUGAGAACGAUUUCAGGGGACACGGUCUGAAAGUAUUGUAAUCCCCAUUUUUUUAAUUCUUAAAACUUUCAAGCAAACUACAUGGUGAAUAAUUUGAGUUAAUGAAUUUGAUGAUGAUGACAAUUGAGCGCCACUUCAGUCUAAAUCUCCUGAGCAGAUAUUUACGAUCCCUGUGAACAAAGCAGGACAAUUUAUCUCUUUGCUGAUCUUGUCCUGAACGUGUGUAAGUAUUGUUUCCGAUUUUUUUUUUUUUUUAAGUAAGGUCUUUAUUUUAACUGUCUGAUGUUCAUCUCAAAUAAUACUUCGGCCUGGAAAAAUAUAGAAAAGACUGUUUCAGCAACAUGCUGUUUGACAGUUUGUCUGCAAUCUACCGCCCUUCAGGAGUGACUGGUGUAUAAAAAUGAUCAUAUAGAAAUAGGCAAAGAUUCCAUUUAGUCUAAGUAUUUAAAUUUCUUCAAUAUUAAAUGAACAGGUCACUGUGUCUCUCAUGUAUGUGGUUAGUCUGUAGUGUGGAGUUUGGAUGCAGCUGAAACAUUAGUUUGGAGAUUCAUACUUCAUCCAGCAGAGGGCAGCAGUGCUCUCUUAUUCAUCAUCAGUUUAAAGUUACAUUCACAACCCUGACGUCUACUGAGUGUUCAGAGAUGGUCCAGCUCAUUCUCUUCACCUCAGUGUCACUGCUGAUCUCUUUCCAUCUUCUUCUCCAGUCUGUAGGCUGAGCCUCCGUACGCUGCAGGCGUCAGCUGUGACUCCACUAUAAUGUGAGUGCUGUGCAGAGCUUUUAAAGUCUGUGCAUGUCCCAGAUCAGAGCUUCAACCUUCCUUUCCCCCUCUAUUUUUAAUUUGAAAAGCACUUAAGUUGUGGCUCAGUGCUCUCUUUCUUUCUCUCUUUUUUUUAAUUUGCUGUGCUUGUUUUUGGGGACCUGAAUAUUUGCCCCCCCUCCCUGGAGAUUUGACCUUGAUGUAUCGAGUGUGAGAACUCUUGAUGCUGACGUCAGUCUCUGUUGAAAAACCUCCUUUGGCAAAUCUCAGACAUAUGAAUGGUAUGUGUGUUUGUUUUUGCUGUGAAGGGCCAAUUUGUAUACAUAUGAAUAUAUCAAUAUACAUAUUUUUUAAAGCAUUUUUGUAUGUUUCAAAGCUGCUUUUUAACGUGUGUGUAUCAUGAAAGAUUCGGUGUUGUAUGUGUGCUUUAAACGCCUACAAUUACGAGAGGCACAAUGUUGUAUACCAUGUCGUUUUUCCUGUUUUCUCUCCCAUAGUCCCAGUAGGCAGUAACACUUAACAUUGUUUCUAGGUUUGUAAAUGUUUGACCCUUUUUUUUUGUGCAAAACAAAACCAGUUUAAUGUGCUAAUGAACACAGUCUCAUUUUAAGAUACCUGGGGCAAAAAAAAUAAAAAAUCAAAGAUGUAAACAAGAAACUGUGUACUCUAAUGAGAAUGAAUCAAACUUUUAGCAGUAAGGAAGCUUCUCUGGUGCCUUACAAAUAAAAGCCGUGAUUGAGA